AGGUAGAAUAUGUAUGUUGAAAUAAACAACUGCGGUCGAUCCUAGCAGUCGAGCCCAACAUUUUUUGUGAAACGCAUAAUUGAAUUGAAUUGAACAACUGCCGUUAUAAUCCAAAUAUUUUUCCAUUUUACGAAUCUGAGUUAUGAUUGUAAAAGAUGUUAAGAAAUGUGUAUUCUGGAACAAUUGGAGCCCUGUUUUUUUUUAUGUGUGUCUUUUACAUUACCACUACAAUACUUAAAGAUACAAUAGGGCUGAAAGCCAGCGCCCCUUCCCUGUUAAAUACUUCUAGAUUAUUUAACUUAGAUUUUUCCUACAUAUUGAACAACGAAGCAGUAUGUGCAGGGGAUGUGGUUGUUGUCAUUGUCAUCACAUCUUACUGUGGCAAUAUAGACACUCGUAAUUGGAUAAGAGAAGCAUUAAAUGGAGACGACUUUGUAAGACUCAAUAUUAGAAAAAUAUUUCUGCUUGGAAAAGCUCCAGAUAACAAUUACAUAUUGCAGACUUCUGUUACAAAAGAAUACAAUAAAUUUAAAGAUACAGUGCAAGGCAAUUUUUUGGAAGCAUAUAGAAAUUUAACAUACAAGCAUGUAAUGGGGCUAAAAUGGGUGAAUGAGUUUUGUUCCAAUGCACAAUAUGUGAUUAAAAUGGACGAUGAUAUAGUUUUCAAUAUUGAGAGGUUGAAAGAGUUGUUAAAUUCUGUAAAAGAAGUUUCUAAAUCGGAGUUCAUUGCUGGUUAUGUUUUAAAUCAUUAUCAACCAAUAAGAGAAGUUGGUAACAAGUGGUAUGUAAGUAGACAAGAAUAUAUAAUGGAUUACUAUCCCAAAUUUGUUUCUGGGUGGUUUUAUAUAACAAAUCCCCAAACUGUUAGUAAAAUUAUCUCUCUCACAUAUACAAUUAAAUAUUUUUGGAUAGAUGAUAUUUACAUUACAGGGAUUAUUGCUAGUACUCUUAAAAUCAAGAGGUUUGAUAUUAGUCAAUAUUUUACACCACAUUCUGAAUUUCUAUACUGCUGCAUGGAAGAUGUUAAAAACAAAGUAGGUUGCGAUUUUAUUAUAGGCCCUAAUGGAGGCAAUGAAAUUUUGAUUUUUACAUUUAACAAGAAGAUGAAGCUAUGCAAAGGCAAUUGCCAAAGGAGAAGAAAGUCCUUCAACAAAACCUGUGUUGUCAACAAACAUGUUUAUUUGGAAAAUGGGAAAGCAAAAGUAAAAACAUAUAACCUGAAAUGAAUAACCUAGAAUAAUGAAAGGUAUGUACGGAGGUCUAAAAUAAGGUGUGA